CACUUGUAUCGUAUCCAAGAGAGAAAUUAAACACUGUGAUUAGCUGAGAGCUUAGUUGCAGGGAAUUGAAGGAAUGGCAGCUGAAGCUGUGCUUACUUUUGUUGCGGAGGGAAUACUGAACAAGGUGCUUUCACUUGCUAGGGAAGAAUUCAGUCAUGCAUGGGGUUUCAAAGCUGAACUCGGAAGGCUUCGAAAGUCAUUAACCGACAUUGAACGUUUCUUGGUUGAUGUUGCCGACCAACCACGAGAUCGGCCUGAGUCAAUAGAGAAAUGGGUGAAGGAACUCAAAGACGUAGCUCAUGAGGCUGAGGAUGUCUUGGAUGAAUUCCAGUAUGAAGUUGAUCGGCGUAAAGUCGAAAUCCAAAACCAUAUGAGGAAAAAGGUUCUGAACUUCUUUUCACUCUCCAAUCCACUUGCAUUUCGUCUUAAAAUGGCGCAUAAAAUUCAGAAGAUCAAUGCAUCCUUGGUGGAUCUCAAGAGUAAUGCAUCUGUUCUUGGACUAGUUUCCAAGAGUAAAGAUGCAACCCCUCGAGGAAAUAGAGGGGAAAGACAAACCAACGCAUUCAUUGGCAGAGAUGAAGUAACUGUUGGAAGGAAAGAUGAUGUGUCAAAAAUAGUUACAACGUUGACCGACUCCAAAUACAAUCAAGAAAAUCUUGCGGUUAUGGCCAUCGUGGGAAUGGCAGGCCUCGGAAAGACAACUUUGGCCAAGUCAGUUUACAAUGAGGAUUCGGUACACAAGUUUUUUCAAAAGAGAAUAUGGGUCUGUGUAUCAAACACUUUUGAUGUCAAUCUAGUUCUACUUCGGAUUUUAGAACAGCUCAACCCGGCAAAAGCCCCUUCAAAAGAUAACCAGAAUGCUCUGCUUAUGUUUCUUUCUGAAGAGUUGAAAGAUAAAAGAUACUUACUCGUACUUGAUGACGUUUGGAACGAAGACUCAGAAAAAUGGGAGAAUUUGAUGGAUUGUUUGUCAAAGCUUUAUUCUACUAAAGGAUCCAAAAUUGUUGUCACUACUCGCAGUAGCAUAGUCGCAUCAACCUCAGAAAAGCUACUUCCACGACAUCAAUUGAGAAUACUUUCCGUGGAUGAGUGUUGGUCCAUCAUGAAAGAUAAAGCCUUCUCCAAUAACAGUGCUCAAAUAGCUCCAGAGUUCCAGACAAUUGGAAGGGAGAUUGCUGAAAAUUGUGGUGGUGUUCCAUUGGUGGCAAAGGUGUGUACUAUUAUUAUGUAUCAAUUAUCAUAACAUGGCAUUUGCACCUUCUUAUUUUUAUUUUUAUUUUUAUAUGUUUUAAUUUAUAAAUUAGGACAAUACUUGCAUCCACCCCAUGACAGUGGCGGAGCCAGAAACACUUCUCAGGAGGGGCCUUUAAGACAUAUAAAAGAAAUGAGACCAAAUAUAGCAAAUAAUUAAUUGGAGAAAAUUUUAAGGUUUAUUUUUUUUUAUUGGCAUGGAAAAUUUAUGAAACAAGAGCGAUGGGACUUCAAAUUUUUUACAAAAAGUAUUGAUGAUUAUAUCAUAAGAACAAAUUUUUUUUUACAA